GCUAGAACCAAAUAAAGGGGGAAGAUGUACUGUGAAGGACAGAAUUCUACAACUACGGGAGAUUCCCAUCCACUUAUGUAAACAGCUUGUUAUCAGUGUGAUGCAGAUAACAGAUACACUUAAAGAAGAGAAAGAGAGAAAAUAGCUUCAGGGAAAUUACAUCCUGAGGGGCCUUUCAUUUGAGAUCCAGACGGACUGCUGGAAAGCUUCCUCCUUGGAGCCCCGGGUCAGUUCUGUCUCCCUUCUCCCGCCUUGCUCACGGAGAGGCAAUGAGUAAGUUAGUCCGGCAAGCAGUCAGAAGCUGUAUUGGCUGCUCCCUCGCAUCCUCCAGCAGGCAGGAGUCGAGGUCUCUACCUGCUAGCACUGAAUCAGAAUGAGUCAUCUGAAACUUGGGUGCGGAAACAAAGUCCCUGCGAACCGCCUCAUGAGGCUCUGCCUCCUGUAGGUGGGAUAUACCUCUGAAGGCAAUCACAAUUUUUUCCGUCUUCCUUUCUCCUUCAGACAAGCGGGCAUCCUGACGCUCUCAAGAAGCCCCGUCUCUGCCCCACUGGCUCAGCUGACCAGACCAUGUGGACUCUGCCCCUCCAGGUCAGGACUGGAGUUUUAAAAUAAAAUGGAUGACGUGACGUUACUUGAUCUUCUGGAGUGUCCUGUGUGCCUUGAAAAGCUCGAUGUCACCGCCAAAGUUCUCCCUUGCCAGCACACCUUCUGCAAGCCAUGUCUCCAGAGGAUUUUCAAGGCCCACAAGGAGCUGAGGUGCCCCGAGUGCAGGACCCUGGUGUUCUGCAGCAUCGAGGCGCUGCCAGCCAACCUGCUGCUCGUGCGCCUCCUGGACGGCGUGCGGGCCGGACAGGGCUCGAGGAGAGGGGGGUCAUUCCGCCGGCCUGGCGUGCUGACCCCGCAGGACGGCCGGAGGAGCAGUACUCACCCCAGAGGUCCGCAGUGCAGUCCUUUCCGGCUGGUGCCUAACGUCAGAAUCCACAUGGAUGGGGUGCCUCGAGCAAAGGCCUUAUGCAACUACCGAGGGCAGAAUCCCGGUGACCUGAGGUUUAAUAAGGGAGAUGUCAUCCUCCUCCGAAGACAGCUGGAUGAGAACUGGUACCAGGGGGAAAUUAAUGGAGUCAGUGGAGUCUUCCCAGCCAGCUCCGUGGAGGUCAUCAAGCAGCUGCCCCAGCCACCCCCACUGUGCCGGGCCCUCUACAACUUCGACCUUCGUGACAAGGACAGGAGUGAGAACCAGGACUGCCUGACCUUCCUCAAGGAUGAUAUCAUCACUGUGAUCAGCCGAGUGGAUGAGAACUGGGCAGAAGGCAAGUUGGGAGAUAAAGUCGGUAUCUUCCCAAUCUUGUUUGUGGAGCCAAACCUCACUGCAAAACACCUCCUAGAGAAGAACAAAGGCCGACCAUCAUCCCACAUGAAAAACCUGUCCCUGGUGUCCUCCCCCUCCAGAGGCAAGGCAAUCAACGCGCCCACCCUCCGAAGGGGCCCGGGAUCCAGGAGGAAGGGGCCCGGCCAGUUCUCCAUCACAACAGCCUUGAACACCCUCAACAGGAUGGUGCAUUCUCCUUCGGGGCGCCACAUGGUGGAGAUCAGCACCCCAGUGCUCAUCAGCUCCAGCAACCCCUCUGUGAUCACCCAGCAUGCGGAGAAAGCGGAUGCUUCUCCCAGCUCCGUGGGACAGGUCAGCACCUAUCACCCUGCACCUGCCUCCCCAGGACAUUCCACGGCCAUUGUCAGUCUUCCUGGCUCCCAGCAACACCUCUCAGCUAACAUGUUUGUAGCUCUGCACUCCUACUCAGCCCAUGGACCUGAUGAACUGGACCUACAGAAGGGAGAGGGGGUCAGGGUCCUGGGCAAGUACCAGGACGGCUGGCUCAGGGGCGUCUCCUUGGUGACUGGGCGAGUUGGCAUCUUCCCCAACAACUAUGUCAUCCCCAUUUUCAGAAAGACAUCUAGCGUUCCAGACUCCCGAAGUCCUGGUCUCUACACCGCAUGGACGUUAUCCACCUCCUCUGUGUCCUCCCAAGGCAGUAUUUCAGAAAGUGAUCCCCGGCAGAGCCGGCCCUUCAAGUCUGUCUUCGUGCCCACGGCCAUAGUCAACCCUGUGCGAAGCCCAGCCAGCCUGGGGACCCUAGGGCAGGGCUCUCUCCGCAAAGGACGAGGUAGCAUGAGAAAGAAUGGAUCUCUGCAGAGACCCGUCCAGUCGGGGAUCCCCACCCUCGUGGUGGGCUCCUUCAGACACAGCCCCACCAUGGUGGUCCAGCCUCAACAGUUCCAGUUCUACCAGCCACAGGGGGCCCCCUCCUCAGCCUCCACGGUGGCGGCGGAGCUGGGACCCAAGCCCACUCCCACCGGGGAGCCUGCCCUCACGUGCAUCAGCAGGGGCAGCGACACCAGGAUCCACACAGCAGCCAGCUCCCUCAUCAUGGAAGGCAAAGAAAUCCCCGUCAAGAGUGAGCCUCUCCCCAAACCACCUGCAUCUGCCCCGCCCUCCAUCCUGGUGAAACCAGAAAACUCAAGAAACAGCAGCGAGAAGCAAGUCAAAACUGUGAGAUUUCAGAACUACAGUCCUCCUCCCGCCAAACACCACACCUCUGGGAAGCCUGAACAGCCAGCCACCCCAAAGGGGUCCCAGCCUGAGGCAGCCCCCUUGGGCCCGGAGAUGACCAUCCUGUUCGCCCACCGAAGCGGCUGCCACUCUGGACAGCAGACAGACCUCCGGAGGAAGUCAGCUUUUAGCAAAACUGUGACCCCGGCGUCCACUGCCUCGGCCACGCAGACCACGUUUCCCAGCAAAUGAAUCUACAGGCGGCUUUUCCUAGACCCCAAAGAGAUCCUGCCUUGGAAAUCUUCCUUGGAGGAGUAGUAAUAACGGGAUGCUGAAGAGAACAAACCGUCUGCUUGGAUGGAAACGCCUCAGUGCAGAGUUCUGGGCCAUGUGAUACUCCUUGGACAUCAGGGACGGUACAGGAAUACCAAUAGGCUGGUCUCCAAGACAGAAGGAGAAUAGGAGAAAAAGUAAAUCUGUCUUCCCACAAUAUCAAUGGGUGGUGGGCCAGGCUGGAGGAAACACAGGAGCCAUGAGACAUUACAGGUAACACAAGACCCUUGGCCCUCCUGUUUUUCUGUUCUGCUGUCAAAGCCAAAUUUCCUCUUGCCAAUUUCUCACACCUUGGCACCUAACCGACAAAUGAAAAGACCAGACAUCAAAUGCCUCCCAGAGUUGUGUCUGGCCUGUUGCUUCCAGCUCGGUUUAGACCAAUGCAGGGGGGUGGUAUCAUAAUCUCCUUCCAGGUGUUCAAGCCAGAGAGGCCAGGGCUUCUUCACAAUGUCCCAGCCUUCACCUCCUCCCUUGACCACACACGCUGCAUCACUCCACUACAUCUGCAUUCUUUUCCAUUCCAAUUCCAUUCUGUCUUUUCACCCUGACAAUCUCUGAUCCAGAGAGUUUUUGUUAGAAGCCCCACAGCAUUGGCUUUAUCUGCCAAACGGUAAGUGAGGAGGCAAGAGGCACAAUGAGACCACAGAAAGGCUAAUGCAGUGAUGACAUCUUCUCACACAUGGUCUGUGAGGGUGCCACCAGUUGCCAGUCAUCUCUUUCCUUUCAACGACCAUGACUAAAUGUUGGUUCCAUUUUCUCUGGUGUCAAUUUGGGUUUGGUUGGCUGCUCUUUAGCGCUGGAAGCAAUGAAUAUGGAGAUGCUGCCUUCAGAUUCUGGAAUCUACUUGUUACAGCCAUGAAGCCCUCCAGCUCACCCAUAAAUAGGUUUCAAUGACUUCACUUUUCAGGGCACUCAUAGAAUGUCAGAGGUGGGAGGAAUUUUAACUUUAUAGAUGAUAUACCAAAACGUUAGGUAUAGGUAAGCUGUCCACUCAAAAGCAAGUUGUAUAAACUGGAUUGGGGAAAACAAUACAACUUUUAAUUCCCAGAAACCAUUGGUUCACGUUGGCUAAUUAUAAAUAUGUCCUCAAGGCUCUCUCAUUCAGAUUUGCUUCUUCUUAGACUGGCCUUGGAGAAGGCACUAGCAACCCACUCCAGUACUCUUACCUGGAAAAUCCCAUGAACGGAGGAGCUUGGUAGGCUGUAGUCCAUGGGAUGCUAAGAGUCGGACAUGACUGA